CUUAUAUACAAGUGAAGAUUAACAUGUUGCAGAUGUCUUGCUAUGCAUAAAACAACCUCAAAAAAAGCCACAAUGUAACCACCAUGACUCCUUGUGAUACAUCACUUGUCCUCCAUUUGACGUCACGACAGUAUCUUCCUGACAUCGAUACAGCCAUUUUACAUACAGUGCCGAGAUUAUUGACUACCGCCAUAAUAAUAGCGAUUGAUUGUACACUUAUUUUUCGCUUUAUUAAGAGUCUAUGUUCUGAUAAGUACUACACAUAACACCAGCCAGUUAUGAUCUUCGUUUCAAAGGAGGAAAAGCAAUGAUCGCUGUGGUAAAGUUUUAAAAAACCCAGAGGCAGACAACCACGGUUAUUGAAAACCCGAAGACGCAGCUGGGGACGCGAGCCUCUUGAACUUUAGAACUUAAUGAUUCGAAAAAUACCUUGUAAGAUUGGACAUACAAUUCUUCUGGCCGUGUUACUGUCGUUUGUUAAUACUGUUAUCAUUCUUAUUUAUUUGGGUCCUUUGAACUACAAAAAUGAUGCUGGAGACACUUUACCACCAGCUUUCAAGCCCCUUGUCAAAGUUGUCACCCAACCUAGAACACAAGAAAUUCAGCAGGUAUCUGUCGUAAAUCAAGAGGAGAAUCGCAAAAUAGAUUUUCCAACUGUUGAGAGAGCUCCUGGUAAUAAUUCAGGAAACGCGGACAGUGUGGACGUUUUUACAGAAUGGGCUAAGAAAUUCAGUCCAAUAGAAAAAGAAGAAGAUAACCUUGAUCAUGCAUCUGACAGAUUGAAAUUUAAUCCCAAUGUCAUGUCUAUGGUAGGCAGGCCACCUUCAAAACCAGUGGACAUUGUUAUUGGUAUACCAACGGUCAAGCGAGAUACGACUGACUAUAUUUCAUCCACACUACGCCAUUUAGUAAAAUAUCUAGAUCAAAACGAGACCAAACGAUGUCAUAUCGUCGUCUUCAGUGCAAACUUUGAACAGCUGGCAAAUACACAAACUGCUAAUUUUAUAAAAAAAGAGUUUGCAAAAGAGGUUGCUGCUGGUCUUAUUGAGGUGAUAAAACCGGACCUGUCGUUUUAUCCAAAGCUAACCGACUUGCCUAUUUUAUGGAAAGAUAAGCCUGAUCGCAUCAAGUGGCGAUCAAAACAAUGCAUCGAUUAUGCCUUAUUGUUUGCGUAUUGUCGCUAUCUCGGCCACUAUUACCUCCAGCUAGAGGACGAUGUUUCUGUCUCACAAACAUAUUUUCGAGAGAUGAAAUCUUUUAUUCGUGUACGUGGUCCAUCGAAAUGGUCAAAUUUGCAAUUUGGUACGUCGGGUUUUAUUGGAAUGCUUUUCAAAGCGUCUGAUUUAGGAAGACUUGCUUUGUUUGUUAAAAUGUACUAUUGGAUAUUUCCCGUGGAUAUCCUCUUCAGACACUUCAACGAUGUGCAUCUGUAUGGUAACAGCCCCAGAGACAUCUAUCGACCAUCUUUAUUCAAACAUCUUGGUCGCGAGUCAUCGCUCAAAGGCCAGACUCGUAAAAUUGAAGGAGGUUUGAAAAAAGUACGUGUUAACGAACGACGAUAUACCGACUCCACAAAUCCGUCCGCUUUUAUUUCAACUAAUAUUCAGGUAUUUGAGUCCAACACCGUGGAUGGACCCUACAGAUUGCGAGACCUUGGCUACUUCUGGGGCAAGGCGCCUCGUCUCAAUGAUUUUAUCAUCGUUGAGUUUAUGAAAGAUGUUACCCUGCUUCGUGUGGUGGUUGAGAGUGGGAGCCAGUUUGCUCCGAAUGAUAUUAUUGAAGAGGGGGAGUUGAGCACGAGCAAAAUGUCCAGGAAUGGUAAAUGUGAGGAGAAUGCAUAUAAAUUAUUACCUAGUAAGACCAGCAAAGGAAAGGUUGAUUCAGGCGCAACAAAAAUAGCAAAUGUAAAAUGCGUCAAGUUAAUAAUUAGUAAACUCAGUACAGACAAAUCUAGGUGGUUAAUAAUACGAGAAUUAGCAGUCUGGUCAGUUAGAAAAUAGUAUAUUGUGGUAAAAUAAUGGUUAUUAAAUUUUUAAAUUAUCAUACUGUCGAUUAGAAAUUUCAUAACCAACUGUAUGAUAAAAAAGUACUGCUUCAAAAG